AUGGGAGGACAAAGGAACAGCGGAGCAUUUGCCAGCGCUGCGGUGCUGUUGAUGCUGGUCGUGAUGGGUCUUCCUCUAAGAUCAAAUGCAGCAGGUCUAUCCUGUGGCAAACAGAAGACAAUUGUCCGGGUGGCGGGUGGCGUGAAUGCCCAGAGAGGGGAGUGGACUUGGCAAGUGAGCAUCCAGCACCGUGGACAGCAUAUUUGUGGUGGAAGUGUCAUCGGUCAUAGGUGGAUCCUGACCGCCGGUCACUGCUUUUAUGAGGUGGGAUACAAAAUAGUCCCUGCAGACUGGAAGGUGGUUCUGGGCCGUCUGCAACUGACCGGCGACCAGUUCAGGGGGGAGGAACGCGACGUGGCGGAGAUCAUCGUCCACGAGAACUACGCCGACUACAAGAAAGGCUACGACAUCGCCCUGGUGCGCCUGGCGCUGCCCGUGUGGUUCAGCCGGGAUAUCUCGCCCAUCUGCCUGCCGCACGCCGAUCACCAGUUCGCCUUUGGGACCCAAUGCUGGGUCACCGGCUGGGGUGACAUCGGCAUGAACACUUCUCUGUCAGACCCCAUGCAUCUCCAGGAGAUGACCCUGGACCUGUUGUCGAGAGACACCUGCAACUGCAUUUUCAACAACCUGCGGGACAGGAAGAUUGCCCGGCCUGCUUUGCCACGCAUGAUUUGUGCCAUGACCCCUGACAGCAAGAGGGGGCCCUGCAAGGGGGAUUCAGGCGGCCCGCUGGUUUGCUUGGAGGACGGCCGGUGGUUCCAGGCGGGGAUCAUGAGUUUCUCCAUGGGCUGUGAAAGCCUUCACGGGCCCAUCAUCCUGACAGAGACCAAGGCUUAUGCUGACUGGAUCCAGAGCCAUGUCAACGGGGCUACCUUCGCUAACCAGACAGAGCCCCGGCCCAAUACAACCGACAAGUACUUGUGUACAGGCUGUGGGAAGCUGAAGCGAGACACACCUGGCUCGGGUGCGGAGGGACUCUGGCCGUGGUAUGUGAGCCUGCAGUACCAGGGCCAGCAUGCCUGCGGAGGCACCUUGAUCUCGGAAAAAUGGAUCGUGACAGCUGCUCAGUGUUUCAUUGGGCGCCAGGAACCAGCAGCCUGGAAGGUGCUGCUGGGUGAGAAAGAGAUAGGGUUAAAACGUGGGUGGCAAGCAAGGAGGACCCUCCAGCACAUCAUCCUUCACGGCGCCUACAUCAACGUGACUGAAGGUGAUGACAUUGCGGCCGCCAUGCUGGACCACCCCGUAGAAUUCAACGACCGCAUCCGGGCUAUCUGCACCCCGUAUGAAACCCACAAGUUCCCGUUUGGCUCUACCUGUUGGACACGGGGACGGACAAUCGAUGAGAACCACCCACAGGGUACCCUAGGGGGUGUGGAGGUGAAAAUCCUUGGCCCCCGAGCGUGUAACUGCCGCCACAACUUGACCAGCGAGUUCGGGCACGAGAUCGCCAUCACCUCCCAGAUGCUGUGUGCGACGCCCCAUAAGAGCACCAUGCGUUGUGAGAAGACUGUUGGGGAACCUCUGAUUUGCAACGAUAAGGGAUCCUGGUUUUUGGCGGGCAUCUCCAGCUUCGGCAAGGGCUGCGGGACUGUGGUACGUCCGGGGGUUUACACAGCAGUCACGGCCCACCAGCACUGGAUCAUGGAAAGUGUGUGGUCCGCUUUCUACGACAUGCAGUUGCCUCCUGUUCCAGUGGCAAAGGACGAUGGUGACUGUCUGGCCAUUAGGCCUCGAGGGCUGCCCUUGAGACUGACCUGGAAGCUCCAACGGGUACAAAUCGCCACGGCGAGACUUCUUAUGGAGACCUCUCCGUGA